AUGGCUUUUUCAUAUGUUAAUAUUCCUUUUUUUCUCUUUCUUUGCGUAUGCUUAAACUUUAGCACAAUUGCAUUUGGGGGUAAUUUUAACACUGAUUUUAACAUUAUUUUUGGAGAUAAAAGGGCUAUCAUACAAAAUGGUGGCAAUAGUAUGACACUUGAAAUGGAUAAAUAUUCUGGCUCUGGCAUUGGAUCAAAGAAUGACUAUUUGUUUGGAAGGUUUGACAUGCAAAUUAAACUUGUGCCAGGAAACUCUGCAGGCACUGUCACUGCAUAUUAUCUAAGUUCUCAAGGACCACACCAUGAUGAGAUUGAUAUAGAAUUUUUGGGAAAUUUAUCGGGUGAUCCAUAUAUUCUCUCAACCAAUUUAUAUGCUCAUGGCAAUGGAGGUCAUGAGAUGCAAUACUAUCUUUGGUUUGAUCCCACACAAGACUUUCACACUUAUUCUAUUGAUUGGAAUCCUCAACGCAUAAUAAUAUUGGUGGAUAACAUUCCAAUAAGAGUGAUGCAUAAUAAACAAAACAUUGGUGUCGCGUUUCCAACGAGGCAACCAAUGAAAUUAUACACAACAUUAUGGAAUGGAGAUUCAUGGGCAACAAGAUGGGGACAAGUUAAGAUUGAUUGGUCAAAGGCUCCAUUCGUAGCAAGUUUUAGAAACUACAAUGCAAAUGCAUGCAUUCCAAGUUCAUCUAAUAAUUGCUAUGGUUUCAAUAGUGGAAAAAAUAAAGGUCUAAAUGGUGAAAUAAAGAUUAAGCUUAAAGAGAUUCAUGCAAAAUGGAAUGUUUAUGAUUAUUGUCGUGAUUUUAGACGCUAUGCUCAUGGUCUUCCUUAUGAAUGUCGUAAGACAAAUAUUCGUAAAGGUCUUCAAGAUGAAGAUUUUGAAUAG